AUGGUGACUUCUCAGCAAUUUCCGCAGAACGAGUACAAACAGCCGAUGGUUCUCACCAGCCAGCGGUCAGCCAAACUGCAUAAGCCGUCCAAAACGGGUAUCCUCAGGACAACAAUGGAGCUACGAACCAUAGCGCAGAUCCAAGAUCGUAAUACAGCUGUACCGCGUGACCAUCUGUACAUGUCCAUGACUCACCUGCAUGGAGAACAGGAGGAGCACAGUUGCGGCAAUGGCCAGACGACUGUCAACGUUCCGCAAGCACCGUCGCCUGAAGUAGCUGCAGCAGUGGAAGUCCAUUUCUCUUAG